AUGAGGACUGUAGUGGGUGUAAAUUCGAGCAAGAUACAGGAGCUGUUGGCUGUUGUACUCACGGAUGAGGGGAGACGGCCGCAGCUUGGUGAGGACACGGGUGCCCGAAUCGCGAUUGUUGGCGUGGAAGGAAAGGACCUCACCUCCGUUAUUGUACUAGCUCCCGAGGCCGAGCUUGGCAGGCUAGAUGCUCAGGUAACGGGAUUGGACCGCGAGUUCUCUGAGAUGAGCUUGAUGGAACAGGGGUUGCCAAAGUUCGACUUGUGUAAGGACUCGAGCAGGUUUAGAGUUCUCCAUAACCCCGACAAGCCCGGGCCCCAUACACAGCGUGUAGUGUAUAACCAGCUCAAGAAAUUCUUGAAGACCGUGAAGAAGAAUGUGGAUGAGACAAUAGAUGACUCGGAGACCGUAGAUGAGACAAUGGCUGGCUCAGAGACCAAAAAUGGCUCAGAGACCAAAAAUGGCUCAGAGACCAAAAAUGGCUCAGAGACCAAAAAUGGCUCAGAGACGACCCAGGUGUCGAUGGAGGAGCCAGUGGACUGGCCGGAAGCCGCUAAGGUUUGGAUGGACGUUUUCCCCAAAGGUAAGGCCGACUUAGUCUUCCAGGAUACGGGUGACGAUGAGUUGGAGGUGAUUGCCUCUAUGAAGCCGCUCAAGAGCCGGUUGCGGGAAUGCCUGUCGGUCGUGCCGGAGGAGUGGCAUGACGCGAUUCGAAGGUCGGCAGUCGAUGACGGGUUCGUUGAAAACUUGGGAGCCGGAUGGGGGACCAACUUGAAACUGCUUGGUUUGGGAUUGUGCAGUGUCGGAUGCUUGGUAACGCUAUGUUAUGGGCUUAGAAACGGACUCGGAUAUUCUUCGGUUUCGGAUGCAGUGACGAAAUAUUGGCUGGAUUGUACCCCUCAUCUACCUAACUCCUACAAGUUGACAAGUCUGAGUUCACUAAAGGAGGAGAAUUGUACCGAGACGGCUGGCGGAGGAAUGCUCCUUUGCGAGUUCAAAGGCAAAUGGUCAAGAGCAGAGUAUUUCUGCUUCCAGUACGGCCCCAGAAUGCCGAUUGCACUCCCAUUUUCUGCUCUCAAAGAUGUUCUGGAAAGUAUGAAAGGUGACUUCAGCUGUGUUCCGUUGUGUCCCACAAAUCUUUGA